CAGUAUGUAACUGUAUAUAUAAGCCAGAGUGAGCACAAGCCAGGUAGUACUACAUCCCUGAUACAUUACUGUACAGCAGCAAAUCCACUCUCUGAAGCAUGAAGGCAAAAGCAAGUCAGAUGAAGGCUCUUUAUGAUGCUAAAGGCUUCCUAACAGCUAUUGAUGUUCUGGGGAAGGACGAGCUCCAACAGGCCUGCAAAGAACAUGCAAAACUGGAGAACAAAUUUGGCAAGGAAUACACACAGUACAACCUGCACAAUACCCACAUGCAAUAUGAGUGGGUGAUGAAUCUGGCUGCUCAUCCCAAACUACUGGACACAAUCAUUGCUGUGUUAGGACCCAACGUUAUUCUCCUGGACUCCAGGUUUAUCUGUAAAUACCCUUCCUCUGACGUCCCCCACAAAGAUAACUCUGCUCCAUACGUUGCUUGGCAUCAGGACAUCAAGUAUUGGGGAUUUGAAGGAGGCCCCGUGGCUUCUGUGUGGCUGGCAUUUGAUGAUGUGGAUGCAGAAAAUGGAGUCCUGCAAGUUAUCCCAGGAAGCAACAAACAAGGCAUUUUGGAACAUAGAAUGGCUGAAAUCCCAGGAAACUUGCUGACUACAAACCAAGAAAUACCCCGACACUUGGUACAGGUGGAGGAUUUGGUUGAGUGUCCCCUCAAAGCUGGACAGAUGUCUGUCCAUGACGGACUGACUGUUCAUGCCAGUGAAGCCAACAUGUCAGACAGAAGAAGAUGUGGAUUUGUCAUCCGUUAUGUGCCCACAACUGCAUAUCCUGUCAAGGAUCCUGAACGUCCCAGAACAUUUCCUGCAACUGUCCUUGUGGCUGGAACUGAUGAGUUUAAGAACUUUCAAGACCACACUCCAAACUUUUUUACCAAGACCUUUUAACUCUUUAGUUGUCCCAUAUUUUUGUGUUUUUUUACAACUCAAAAGGAAAAAAAAUUCUUGAUCUUUUUGGCAUAAUCUGUACUGUAUAAACAAGAGGCAUUGGUUUAUAUUAUGGUAGUGAAUGUAAAGACAGAUUUUAUUCUGUGAUCUGUUGAAUGCUCGCAUUGAUGUACUGUAUUGGAUGUUUACUGGAAAUUUUUGAAGCUACAAGGGAGUUGCCUUACCUUGCCAAUUUUUAUUUUAAAUGUAUUUUAUUUGUUAUUUAAAAGUGUUGAGGUUUUUUCUCGGUUAUUUUAAAAAAAAGAAUAAAUUAUUACUGUUCUUGCUAUUUUGCUCAAUAAAUCCUAAAUCUUGGCAUAAA